AUGGUUGUGUUAGAAGAAAGUGGAGAUGCUCAGCCGGUCGCUGCUGACGAUGGUUCAAAAGAAGAAAUCAAGUCUAAGAAUAUGAUAUCUUUAGAAAUAUUUCGUGUCAUAAAGGACGCUCAGCAGCAGCACGGUCUUCGUCAUGGAGAUUACCAACGUUACCGUGGCUAUUGUUCGCGACGUUUAAGACGUUUGCGUAAAGUACUGAAAAUACCUCAGGGUGAUAGGCGUCACUAUCGUCGUCGGGACGUUACUUCCUCUCACUUAACAGCUUCGAAUGCUGAGAGCCGUCUGCUUUGUGUGCCAUUACUCCAAGCUGAAAGGGCCUGGGCUCAUGCUAUGCAGCUAAGACAGGAAGCGAACACAGAGCCCAGGAAGAAGUUCCAUCUUGUAGCCAGACUGAAGAAAGCUUGUGCGCACGCACAGAUGCUUUUACAGCUAUCCGAGCAAAGCGGCACGUGCUCUGCGCGUACGCAGCUCGAGGCGGGCGCGUAUGCGGCGUGGUUGCGGGGAGCGCUACUGCUAGAAUUGCAGCAGUGGCGUGCCGCUGCCGACUGUCUGCGGAGCGCGCAACUUGUACUCGAGAACUUGUGUAGUGCGUUGCCGCAAGACGAACAAUUAGUGUACAAGCAGAAGGUGGAUGAAUUACACCCCAGUCUGAGGUACUGCGCCUACAAUAUUGGAGAUGAGUCAGCGGCCGGCGACCUUCUGGCGUUAAGGGGACAAGGGCUCAUUGAUAACUUGGACACACUCAUGGCGCAGGCUAAGGAGUCACGUUCAGGUGUCAUGCACGAGGUGGAGUGGCGUGGGCGUGUGGUUUCCGUACGUCCGGAAAAGGUCCGUCUGUUCCUGAUAUCUCUACAAGACCUGGACACCUCGCUGAAAGCAGCUGUUGACUCGCAGCACAGGAUCACACUGCUGGAAAACGUCCUCAUGGACUGCAAGGACGCUAUCUCCGCUCUCAAGGACGAGAUUAAGAACGAUCCCAAACUGAAGAACGCCGAGGCUCAACAGAUGUCCAGCGUCAAUUAUCUGCUGUCGUAUUUGAUGUACUUACGUCUUGUCAGAACGGUGGAACGUAAUAAUCUUUUGGUACAGCAAGCCGAGGAGGCGCGUCGCAACAACGUGCCCAUAGACGGGAAGAAAGUACGCCCUCAAGAUCUUACGCGUUUGUAUGAAAUCAUCUUGCAGAAUUACAGCGAGCUCCAACAACUGCCAGGAUUUGAGAACGAUCUUUCAUACCAGUCCGAAAUUGACACGGAAAUGAAAGCGUACAAGGCGUUCAGAUGCUAUUAUAUAGCGCAAGUAUUGACUGGCUUGCGGCGCUUCAGAGAGGCACUCGCUAUAUUGGAGCGAUGCAGUACAUACACCGCUGAAUCGCUGGCCAGUAAAUUAAAGGACAAACAACUGCUUGCGAAGUUAGAGGAUUUGCAGAAAGAUAUAGAAAGCUGUAAAUACGAGGUCCACGCGGACUCGGUGCUUGAAGAUGAUGAGGAAGAAGAGACUAAAUACACCAGGUCUUACAAAGACAAGAAACCUUUAGUCGACCGGCUCGACGAUUACCGCGAGGACAGUCAAGUACUCACCAAGAACCCUAACAUUUUCAAACUCCCGCCUCCAAUGGAAGCGGUGCCUUGCAAGCCAUUGUUCUUCGACUUGGCCUGCAAUUUCAUUGAGUUCCCCAACUUGGAUGACAAGACUGGAGCUGCGAAUAACAAGAAGCAAGGUGCGGGUCUCACUGGACUAGUGAAGGGAUUUUUGGGCUGGGGUAAAGGUGACAAGUAA